GUGGCGUCGGAGGAACUGGAGGCCGGUCUGUUGACCCGUUUCCGGGCCCUGGUGGUGCGGUCUGAGCCCGGUGCUCGGGAGACUGUGGGUGGAGGGGCCUAGGCCUGCGCGUCGGAGCCAGCCGCCAGCCUCCUCCCGCCGCCCGCAGACCUGCUUGAUCUGAGGAGGAACUCCCCCCACUGCAGAAGGGAUGGGAUCAGAGAACAGCGCUUUAAAGAGCUAUACACUGAAAGAGUCGCCGUUCACCUUGCCUUCUGGACUUGCUGUUUAUCCCGCCACACUGCAAGAUGGGAAAUGUGCCUCCGUGUUUGUAUAUAAGAGAGAAAAUGAAGACAAGGUUAACAAAGCCGCCAAGCACUUAAAGACCCUUCGUCACCCGUGCUUGCUAAGAUUUUUAUCUUGUACUGUGGAAGCAGAUGGCAUUCAUCUUGUCACUGAGAGAGUGCAGCCUCUGGAAGUGGCUUUGGAAACCCUGUCUCCUGCAGAAGUCUGUGCUGGAAUCUAUGACGUAUUGCUGGCUCUUAUCUUCCUUCAUGACAGAGGACAUCUGACACACAACAAUGUCUGCUUGUCUUCUAUUUUUGUGAGUGAAGACGGGCACUGGAAGCUCGGAGGCAUGGAAACGGUGUGCAGAGCUCCUGAGGCCACGGCAGAGUUUCUCAGGAGUAUCCAGUCAGUAAGAGACCCAGCGUCUAUUCCUCCUGAGGAGAUGUCUCCAGAAUUUGCAGCCCUUCCCGAGUCCCAUGGCCAUGCCCGAGAUGCCUAUUCCUUCGGAACUCUGGUGGACAGCUUGCUCCCCAUCUUGAAUGAGCAGGUUUCAGCGGGUGUUCUCUCCAGCUUCCUACAGACCUUGCACUCAACUCUACUGAAUCCCACGCCCACCUGUCGACCAGUGCUCAGCACCCUACUGUCCCAUGACUUCUUCAGGAAUGAUUUUCUAGAAGUUGUGAAUUUCUUGAGAAGUUUGACAUUAAAAAGUGAAGAUGAAAAAACUGAAUUUUUCAAAUUUCUGCUGGACAGAGUAAGCUGCUUCUCAGAAGAGUUAAUAGCUUCGAGAUUGGUGCCUCUUCUGCUUAACCAGUUGGUGUUUGCUGAGCCAGUGGCUGUUAAGAGUUUUCUUCCGUAUCUCCUUGGCCCUAAGAAAGAGAACGCACCAGGAGAGACUCCGUGCUUGCUCUCGCCAGCACUCUUCCAGUCACGGGUGGUCCCUGUGCUGCUCCAGUUGUUCGAGGUCCACGAGGAGCAUGUGCGGAUGGUGUUACUGUCCCACAUCGAAGCCUACGUGGAGCACUUCACGCAGGAGCAGCUGAAGAAAAUCAUCUUGCCACAGGUACUACUGGGCCUUCGUGACACCAGCCAUUCCAUUGUGGCAGUUACUCUUCGUAGCCUAGCGGUGCUGGUAUCUCUACUUGGACCAGAAGUGGUUGUGGGUGGAGAAAGAACCAAGAUCUUUAAGCGUACUGCUCCAAGUUUUACCAAAACUAGUGACCUUUCCCCUGAAGGUGAUCAGUUUUCUCACUCUAUUAAAUUCCCUAUGAAUGGAAUCUCAGAUGGGAAAAUCAAUUCAGAGGACAAUGGAAACCUCCCAGCAGGUUCUAGUAAGCCUGAGGAGUGGCCUGACUGGAGUGAGCCUGAGGAGUCCGAGCACCAAACUGCCAGUGUUCAGAUGCGGCUCCACAAGCCUUGUGCGGAGUCCCAGCACAGGAAUCUGAAGGCAGAAGAGUGCUGGGAUGCCUGUGAGUCUAGCUCUGGUACCCAAGUAGACACAGUGGCUGCCGCCUCUGCUGCCACGUCUGUUACCUCAGGAGAGCAGAAGCCCACUGCAGCACGGCUUCCUCCCACUCAGCACUCUACGCCUUUGAAAUGCAUCCCUUUCUCAAAGACCAGUCACACACAGCAUGGGGACGUUAAACCACCAGAAGUGUCCCAAGAAAGACCCUUUAAAGUUCGGUCAGAACUUGGUUUAGGAGAAGAGUUCACCAUACAAGUAAAAAAGAAGCCAGUACAAGAUCCUGAGUUGGACUGGUUUGCAGAUAUGAUCCCAGAUAUUAAACCUUCAGGUACUUUCCUUAUUUUGCCUGAACUGAGGACAGAAGUGAUGGUCCCUGACAAGGACGACGUCUCCACAGUGAUGCAGUUUUCCUCAAAAUUUGCUGCAACAGAACUGACUGAGGGAGAGGCAGAAGGCUGGGAAGAAGAAGAGCUGACCUGGGAAGAUAACAACUGGUGACAAUGAGCGAGAGCUUAAACUUCAGGAAGAAUUCUAAAAGAAGUAAUACCUCAAAGCAAGCUGCAUGGAUGUUAAACCCCAAAGCAGCCUGA